ACAUUCUUCACGUACAAGUUGAUACAAAAUGGACCUCAGUUCGUUUCGAGAUAAUUCACAAAAUUUCACCCUUAAGUCUGUGGUACCAGAAGUAACGUUAAAUGAGCCAUGCUGUGUUGGCAUUGAUGAAGCAGGGCGAGGACCUGUCCUAGGGCCGAUGGUUUACGGAAUAUGUUAUUUUCCGUUGUCGAAAUCAGAAGAAGUAAAAAAUCUUGGAGUAGCAGAUUCUAAAACACUUACAGAAGAACAGCGCGAGGAACUGUUUAAAAUCAUUGAUGAAAACAAGGAGUUCAUUGGCUGGGCAACUGAUAUUCUAUCACCUAAUUACCUGUCAAACAGUAUGCUUAGAAGAACAAAAUACAGCCUGAAUGAAAUAUCUCAUGACACAGCCAUUGGACUAAUAAACCUUCUUCUCUCAAAUGGCAUUAAUGUACAUGAGAUUUAUGUAGACACUGUAGGAGUAGCAGAGAAGUACCAAGACAAACUUCAAAAGAUUUUUCCCGGAAUCAAGAUAACUGUGGCUCCUAAGGCUGAUGCCAAGUUCCCUGUGGUCAGUGCUGCGAGUAUCUGUGCAAAGGUUGCACGGGACAGAAUAUUGAAAGAAUGGAAAUAUCCUGAGAAUGUUGAAUUUCAUAAUGAUCAUGGUUCUGGUUACCCUUCAGAUCCUACCACCAAGAAGUGGUUAACUGAUUCAGUAGACAAGGUCUUUGGCUUUCCUCAACUUGUGCGAUUCAGUUGGUCAACAUGUAAUAAUAUUUUGGAUAAUAAAGCUGUGGAGGUGCAUUGGGAUGAUGCGGACAAUGAUGAAGAUUCACCACCUCCAGGAACUGCUUCCAUAACUUCUUUUUUUGCUCCCAAAAAGGAUUCAUUUGUUUGUCAAAGACAUCAGUUCUUCCGAGACUGUCAUUUAGAACCUGUAGAUAGUUUUUAAACAAGUAAACAAUUGAAAAUAGCCUCUAUGUGUACAACAUAUAAGGGAAAUAAUGAACCACAUAUUGUACCUUUCUUUAACUAAGUUGUUCAUUUUCUGAUAAUGCUUUAGAACUCCUUUUAAACCACAUUUUAAGAAAAAAAUGAACAAAAUCUUACACCUCUAUUCAGUAGUUACUGUCAGUAUAAGAAUGCUAUAGAUCAUCUUUCCCCUAGAAAAUGCCUCAGGAGUGUGCAUAACACUGUAUGGAUUUCCAUCCCGUUAGGUUUCAUGGUAUGCAAACAAAAUUCGCUUUCCAAAAAUAAAAAUCAUUUGUAGAAAAUUUA